ACAGGGAGAGAGGGUCGGAGAGGAACUCUAGGAGUGUAGACAGGGAGAGAGAGGGUCGGAGAGGAACUCUAGGAGUGAAGACAGGGAGAGAGAGGGUCGGAGAGGGACUCUAGGAGCGAAGACAGGGAGAGAGAGGGUCGGAGAGGAACUCUAGGAGUGUAGACAGGGAGAGAGAGGGUCGGAGAGGAACUCUAGGAGUGAAGACAGGGAGAGAGAGGGUCGGAGAGGGACUCUAGGAGCGAAGACAGGGAGAGAGGGGAUCGGAGAGGAACUCUAGGAGUGAAGACAGGGAGAGAGGGGAUCGGAGAGGAACUCUAGGAGCGAAGACAGGGAGAGAGGGGGUCGGAGAGGAACUCUAGGAGCGAAGACAGAGAGAGAGGGUCGGAGAGGAACUCUAGGAGCGAAGACAGGAGUGUGUCCCGUAGUGUGGAACGGCCUUGUCUUGUUGUGGUCAGCGGUGAGCUGGUCUGGUGUUUCCUGUCCAUUCAAGGGCAUUUCAUCUGCUGAGACCUGGACAGGAGAGAGACAGCGGAGAAGAGCAACCAGCUACAUAGGCCUCACUGGGUUGGAGAGAGAGAGAGAGGGACGGGGGGAGGAGGGAGAGACACAGAAGGAAGGAGGCUACGAGGGGAACCACAUGGUCUCAGUCCCACAGGGAGUUACUCUUCUGGGGACAGUAGACUGACAAGCCACAGUAAUCUGCUUCUACCAUGGGAGACUGGAAUCUGUUGGGGAAGUUGUUGGAGAAAGCCCAGGAACACAGCACCGUAGUCGGAAAGGUCUGGCUCACCGUCCUCUUCAUCUUUAGGAUCCUGGUCCUGAGCGCCGCAGCAGAGAAGGUGUGGGGAGACGAGCAAUCAGGGUUCACCUGCGACACCAAGCAGCCUGGAUGUGAGAACGUCUGUUAUGACAUCACCUUCCCCAUCUCUCACGUCCGCUUCUGGGUCCUCCAGAUCAUAUUUGUCUCCACGCCCACCCUCAUUUACCUGGGUCAUAUAUUACACCUGGUGAGGAUGGAAGAGAAACAGAAGCAGAGAGAGAAGGACGCAGAGCGGGCCGGGGACAAACCACCUUUGCUGGAAACCAAGACCUGUAAGGCCCCGGUGAGGGACGACAGGGGUAGGGUUCGACUGAAGGGGGAACUACUGAGAACCUACGUGUUUAACGUCAUCUUCAAGACGCUGUUCGAAGUGGGCUUCAUCGUCAUGCAGUACCUGCUCUAUGGCUUCCAGCUGCAGCCCAUGUACACCUGUGAUCGCUCGCCUUGCCCCAACACGGUCAACUGCUACAUCUCCCGUCCCACAGAGAAAACCAUCUUUAUCAUCUUCAUGCUAGUAGUGGCCAGUUUGUCUCUGUUCCUCAACCUGAUAGAGAUGUACCACCUGGGGUGCACUAAGUGUCGUCAGGGCAUCAAGUACAACCGAGAGGAUCUGAGCUCAGACUCUGUCUCCAAGGAGCCCAGCGAGGUGGACGAGGCUGUACCGUACGCUCCCAGCUACGACCAUUACCACGGAGGCCAGCCAGCCUACCCCCAACUCCAACCAGCCAAGCAGGUCCAGUCAGCAUACCCUCCUGUCCCCAGCUAUAACAUGUCCCCUCUAUCUGAGGAGACUGACUCCACCUACCAGCCCUACCACAACAAGGCAGCCUACAAGCAGAACAAGGACAACUUGGCGGUGGAGAGGAGUGGCAGCAGGCAGCCGGAAGAGGAGGGGGACUUGAAAGGGAAGAAGGGCGGAGGAGAAACGUGGGGGGGAUCGGAGCCAGGUUCCCCAUCACUAGCCCGGGCUGGACGCAGCGCUGCUAAACACGGCAACAACAAGACCAGAAUAGACGAUCUGAAGAUCUGAGAGGGGCUUAGGUUGCUGUGACGAUGUCUUAGGUUCCUGCCGUGGGUCUUAUGUUGCUUGAAAGGCAUUCUUAGGGUUCUGUCCCAAAUGGCACUCUAUUCCCUAUAUAGUGCACUACCUUUGACCGAGGCCUGAGACGGUCCAAAGUAGAUCACUAUAUAGGGAAUAGGGUGCCAUUUGGGACACAGAUGUGUCCAACAGACCCGAGGCCAUCCUGCCCCCUGGUGGCCUGGUGGAUAGCAGAGCUUUGACUCACUGGGGGGGGGGGGGAUUGACAUUUGUAGGACACACAAAUAAACUUUGAACGUUACGUUUGUAAAAAAACACGAUCUAUGAAGGACAAAUAAAUCCACUGUUACGUUUGUAAAAAAAAAAACACGAUCUAUGAAGCGACAAAUAAAUCCACUGUUACGUUUGUAAAAAAAAAACACGAUCUAUGAAGGACAAAUGGGUUUCAUAAUAGAUGACGAACCGCGACGUCUUAAAAACUCUUUUAGAAAACCUUCUGGUCCUGGUUUCUACGUGGGAUAGAAGGAUUUACGUCCCGUUAAAUACAACAACUAUUAUUGAAAAUGUUUGUACAUUUCAGACUCUGAAGAAUAAGAGGAAAUAUUUGACAUGUGUGUUGUAGUAAAGACGCUAUCUUUGGGGAAAAGGAUGUUAUUUAACAUUUGACCAAGUAAAAACAUGUUUGAAUGAA